GUUUGUUUACAGCUGACAACGCGUAACAGUAUUAUAACAGUGUACAUAUCCUAUAAUGUUUAUCUACAUGCUUCUCCAAAACCCUUUAUUUGAAACUUAUUAGAUUAGAACAAUGAAUCAACAAACUAUUCCAGGACUAGGUGCGAAUGAAUUUCUAAUUAUAUAUUUAUAUUUAGGCCUACUGGCUUAAUUUGUAAUUAAUUUAUAAGGCUGUGGAGACUAUUACUAUAUUUACUAUAUAAUAUAAUAUAUAUUGGUAUUGGCGCAUUGGUAGUAAACCACCAAUAGUAAUAGUAAUAUAGCCAAUAAGUAAUAGCUUCCAGAGAGCUAUUGGUACUCCACUACCAGUAACUUCUAAGCGGCUAUUGGUGGUUUACUAUUAAAAAAAAGACCAAUUGGUGAUAGAUUGAUGUAGUGCAAUAAUUAGGCCUAUUGGUAGUCACAAUUUAUUUUUGAUUACAAAACUGAAAAUCUAAAGUAUGUAAGUGUAAGUUUCCACACAAAAUACAUUUCCAAAAAAAAUUAUUAUUUUGGUCUAGCCUUAUUAAUUCACUCCAAUUGGAUUUUCAAGACAUAAUACACUUGUUUUUCUUUCUUUGUUAUAACUUUGUAUAUAUUUUAUUUUAUUUAUAUCACUUUCACUGUUUAUGAUUUCAUCAAAAUUAUGUGCAAUUUAAAACAUUGAUUCUGCAAACUCUGCAUAGCAUUAAAAAUAAAUAGUAAAUAUUGAUUCCUUGACAUUAAAUUAAAUUGAUUAAUUUGUGUUAUAGUUGCACAAUAUACCCAAUGAAAUUGUUUAAUUGUACAUAAACAAAUUGAUGCCUUUAUACUUUAUAAGUUAACAGGGCCUCAUUUAUGUAAAUAACACUCAGUAGACAUUUCUUCCAACAACAGAAAAUCACACCAAAAAAAAGGGGGGGGGGGGGGGGGGGGGGUGUUGGUUCAAGUGACCAUGUUCCUAAAAAAUGAUUGAUGCCUUUAUACUUUAUAAGUUAACAGGGCCUCAUUUAUGUAAAUAACACUCAGUAGACAUUUCUUCCAACAACAGAAAAUCACACCAAAAAAAAGGGGGGGGGGUGGGGGGCGUGUGUUGGUUCAAGUGACCAUGUUCCUAAAAAAUGAUCUAAGCUUAUUUUAUCAUCCUUAAGCCUAAUCACGUUAUUAUACAAUUUCAUUUAACUAAAGUGAGAAGAUUUUGGUUUUAAUAUGCACACUUUUAAAAAUUAUUUAGGCCUGUAUUUUAAUUUAUAAUUUUAAUCAUAAUAAUUAGCAUACACAAAAUGUUUACAGUUGGAUUUUAUUUUUACUGCACAUCUUACUUUGGCCUUGGCAAAGAAGAAGCUGGGUAAAAAAAUUUUAAACUUUGGUCUAUGAUCCCCAUUUGACCAGUAUUAUACAUCUAUCUAAGAUCUAUAUUAGGUCUAUAUUGUAAAUUAUAUAGCAAUAUAGCCAAAUCUGAGCAUGGGGAAGGCUACAGCAGAUAUUGUUAAAACUGUAAAACAAUACUGUAGAUUUUAUAAUUAGUGCCGAGGUGUUGUCACUAGUACAAACUAGUAAUAAAUGAACGGGGCAAUACUUCGCCAGCCUCAUUGGAAGAGGGUAUUUAAAGCUCAGAUUUUGGUUUGAUUAGAUUGGCUGGACUACCAAUAUCCAGUAGGUAUAAUAGCUGGUAGGCCUAUUAUCUAUAACAAUAUUGUUAUGUAUAAAAUUAUAUUAUUUAAUAUAAAAUAUAAUUGUAAUAAAUUAUAAUUAACUAGGGCUAGGGUACUAAUAAUGUUCAAUAUUCUUAUGGGCUGAGAUUCAAUCUCUAUUUUAUAGCUCUGGCUAUUAUUGUGACGGCAUGCCUUAUCUGGUGGGCAUCGCCGUAAAUCAUAUCUUCAAGGCAGGCCUCUGGCACUCUAGGUCCUGACCCCCCAUCUCCUUCCCCUGGCUGCAGAAUCGGCAGUUUGGUUCCCUCCUGUCAUCAAAUUUAUGUCGCGCAGUGACCCGCUCUCAUCUGGGUGAUGAAGCUCUGGUUGCCUCGCUUUACCAUCCACGAGAGGUCAUUCUUGCUCGGUCAUGGCAUUUUCCGGUACAGCUGUCGCUCAGUUUCUCCUGCGGCCCAAUCGCUUAACCACUUGUCAUGAAAGUGGUCUUUCAAACAAGUACCAAGCGUGGACUCCCAGCUGAGUCAUCGGCUUAUUGGGUUACAAAAAUGCAAAAUGCAUUUUCAGAAAUAUUUUCUGAAAAAUCUCAUAAAACACUAUGUCCAAGUUUCAUUUGCAUAUGUUGCUACUGGCUGAUUACAGUUUUAUAUAUAAUAUUGUAAUAAUUUCUUGUAAUAUUUUUACUUUUGAGUAUUUUGUGGAGACUCAAGUAUGUUCAAUUCCCGGACAAUAUUAAUAAUAUUAUUUCUUUCAUUUAUUAACUCUUUUCAUUGACUCAUGUAGAGAGCGUAAAAUACAUAUACAGAUUAUUUUCGGUCAUACAAUUUUUUCUUUUUUUUUUAUUAUUCUAUUUAUUUUAUUGCAGAAUUGUAAGAAAAAUAAAAUCAAUAAAUAAGAAGUAUAUGUUUUGCGAGUUUGAGAAUAACGUGACAUGCCGAAGUGAGAGAAGCCAUCUUAGUCACAGUUUUGUUAGAUGCUAAUACAUGUCGCAAUGCGAUCGUUAUGAAAAUGAAUAUUACUGGGGAAAAUAUCAAUCAAUUUCUACCUGAAUCUUCUAAAGAAGAUAAUUUAGAACCAGAAUCAAGUGAUUCUGAUUUCUACUUUGAUGAAAAUUGUUCAUUACAGCCCAUUUAAGUAAUAAAUACCAGAAGGUUAGUUUUCAAGUGUUUCAUCAUUCUAUGUUUCUCUGAGUUUAUUAUAAUUUUAUAACUUUAGUUGUUGUUUGUUUUUCAAGCAUAUUAAAAUAUUUACUAGCUAUUUUAAAAUAUAAUUUCUUAAAUAGCAUCAUUUUAUGUGUUAUUAAAUUAAUUUUAUUACUAUUAGAUAAGAGAGAAAAACUAUUCUUAGUGGCUGCUGCUAAGGAAUGUAAACAGUGCAUUGGGAGCUACCUAUGAUGAUAUAUUUUAUCCUAAAAGAAUGAAAUUUGUCAUUUGUAUGUGUUGUAAAUAAAUAUUCAAUGAUAGCACAUUUUAAAGUCAUUAUGGUAUUUAAACAAUAUUGGAAGCUAUGGAAACUGUGAAGUAUUAUUAGGCAUAGGCCUAUAUACUUUUUAUUCCUUUCAUCUCUCAAUAUUACAUAUAUAAUAUUAGUUGUUCUUUUAAAUUCACAGUUUAAACUCAUAUGAUGUAUGAUAAGAUGACCCGCCAAUUCCCAUUCCCAAGUUUCUCCCAGCCAGAAAGCCAGGCUUAUAUCUGAGGGAAGAAAUUUUAACAUGGAUACAGUGAACCAGUUCAUCAUCUUAAAAAUUUUCAUGAUAUUUUUCACACUGGAUUUGGUUGAAACAUUUGUGAAAUACACCAGCUAUGCCUCUACAAUGGGACCUUCUAAACCUUCCAUCAACAGAGGUUGGUUGAUAUUUCAACAGAUGAACCUUGCAAAUUUCUAGGACCAAUAAAGUACAUGUCAACUGUAAAGGUCCCCAGUGUACAAAAAUGCUGGUCAAAUUCAACAAUCUACAAUGAAUUGUGGGCUAAUGCCUCAUUCCCAAAAACAGAUUGAUUCAAACUAUGUCAUUUUUCAAAGUUUCUAACAUUGAAUAGACAAUUAGGCAGAGGCUUGUCGACUGGUGGGCAGGGGGGGACAGAUGUCCCCAGGCGCCAGGUAGUUAGGGGCGCCAAAAUGUGCUUUGAUAUUAUAUUAUUGGUAAAAAUAAUGGGUUUUGAGAGUUGAAAACAAGAAAAGGGGCGCUUUAAAAUUGAUCUUGUCCUCGGGCGCGAAUCUUGUCCCCGGGCGCCAAACACCCUCGCUACGCCUCUGCAAUUAGGACAAACUUUGCAAAGUGAAAUUGUUGUCUGACUUUAUCGGAAGAAAAUGAAGAAAAAAAAACCAAAGCAAUGUGAUAUGUGGUGGAUAAGAUAAAAUAAAUAUAACUGUUCAUUGGAGAGAUAAUUAAAAAAUCUCUCAUAUUUUAAAUUAAAUGACAGAAAAUAGAUUUUCUUAUGUGAACAGAACCAAAACUGAUUGUGUAUUUAGGCAAUUAUUGGUGAUACAACCAAAUAUUGUCAAAUAAUACAAUUAAUUCAUAUGUGGUGUUGAAAAAUGGAUAUAUCUCCUUAAAGAAAACAAAACAGUACUGGAUAACAUCUUUUUUCCAUUAUGUUGAUAUUGCCAGCUAUGAUCUCUUCAGGGGUGUUGAAAGGGAAAUUCUGACAUAGACGAAUUAAAGCUUCCUAAUAUUUAACACACAAUUGAUUCCACUGAGGAAUGUGGAUUACUAAAACUGAUCAAAGCGCCUAAAAUGUAAAUAAAACAAAAUACAAUAGAGUACAUCCAAUAUUUCCUGAAUGCAUGGAUUUAAAAAGAAUUUGUACAGUGUGCUAUAAAUAAGGAAUGCAAAACAAAAAAAACACAAUUAAAAAAAAGCACAUGUGACAAAUACCUUUGUUUAGGAAAAAAAUACAAAAGUUUCUGAGUAAAAUGAAGUUUAAAUUUUCAACUUAUAUGGUUUGAAAUUGUGUAAAUAAUUUUAAACAAGUAAAAUAAUAAUAACCUGUAAUUUUUGUAAAUACUUUGUGGAGGGGUGGUGAAAUGUUUUAUUAUUUACUCUUUUUGACACAUUUGACAAAAUAUUUUAUAUAUAUAAUUUGCUUCUGGUGUGUCCGGCUUCCUUUUUACAACCAACCCUCCCCUACUUAACGUUUUAAUGUUUUAUAAUAAUAUUUCUGAGUGAAAAAAAAAGCUGUCACGUAGCGAGUGUCGUGCAUGGUGGUUGAACUCGGGUAAAAAAGUUAAAUUUAUUUCUUUUUAUUAUAUUAAUCAAUAAAGAGCCACUGGUAUGGUGUAUGGUUUAGGACUAUCUGUAGGCUUAUUGUUUAAAGGCCAACAGUUAGGGUGUAGAUUCUAUCUGUAAGACUUGUUUAUAGGCUGUAGGAUUGUCUGUAGGACUAUUGUUUAUAGAAAAUGAGAAGUUGACUCUUUUUUUUUUUUACACUUGGACCUACCGGGUAUUUUUUUGAAAUACCCAGACAUGGUGUAAAAAAACUGCACCCGGUUAAGCCCUAUUAAUUUAUAUUUGUUCUAAAUUCUUCAUAUGAUUUACAAAAAUGAAUUGUUUUACUGAAUAAACAGAUUUUAUGAAAUAAUUCCAGGUAGUUUAUUUUUGUUUUCUUUGCAUCUGAUCACCAAAACAAUUUAUUACAUAUUUUUAUAAAACAGGUAUGAAUUAUUUUUGUCCUAACUUAAUUGUUUAGAAAGACAUUUUAUAGAACCCACAUGCAUUUCCUUACAAAUUUAUAUCCUACAUAAUGAAUUUUAAACAUGGAUUCUAAAAGCUAUUGAAUCUUUUGUAAGGUCACUAGAAAUCUCAAGGAAAACAUGAAAAAUUAAAGGAAUUAUAGAGUUAAUCUCAUCUCAUCUACAAAUAGGCAAUGCCAGCCUUAAAGGCUCUGCAGGCCUCUCACAAAUACACAUGCUAUGAAUACAAGUUAGACUAAAUUCAUAGCUACCUUUUUUAAACAAUUACCUGUCUCAUGGAGAAGAUGGUUUGGUUUUUCCUGAAUGAAAUCACAAGGCCUGGGAUUUUUUUAUUUGAGAAAAAUGUAAUUCCCCAACAGUAGAUCUUCUCUUUCCAUGUAGCUGUUGAACCCUUUUGAAUGUCAAGGGGAUGAUACAUAUUGCCUGCAUUACACCUCAUACCAUUUUUUCCCUUUGAAAGCUGUUUCUAUUGCAAAUAUGUGUAACAUUAUUGGUGCUCAAGAUAAUAUAUUCAUUAAAGUCGAAAUGUAAGGAAAAUUUAUUUUGUACCACAUCCCUUAUUGUAACUAGAUUAUAUAAAAUCAAUAAUUAAAUAUUAUUUCAUAUUGUAUCUAUUUUUAAAAUAUUAAUUUAUUUUUAAUAAUAGGGAAAUCUAUUUCAAGAAUGUCUCGAACAACAGCUGUUAAGCAAAAACUUGCCAGGUUUGGAAAUAUUUUUUUAUAUGAAGUACCUUAUUUAUUGGCGUAUAACAUGCCCCCGCGCAUAACACACACAUCAAUUUAAGAAGGAAAUUUCAGAAAAAAAACUUAAACAUUAUAUCGGCGUAUAACAGGCACACAUGAUUUGCCCCCUAUUUUCGGGGAGAAAAAGUGCAUGUUAUACGCCAAUAAAUACGGUAAUCACUUUUAUUAAUUUCAUUCCGUAAUAUAGUAAAUAGAAGAACUAGGAAAAGAAAAGAAAUGUUAAUAAGAAGUUUUUUAAAUUUCUUUUUUUAAAAUCAAAUGAGUUUUAAUCAUGGAAAAAUUUUGAUCAAGAGCUUAAAAAAGCAAAUUUUAUAAUAUUUAACAAUUAAUUUUUAAAAAAAAAUUGAACUUUGAUAAAACAAGAAAUCAUUUAAGAUGCUGUUUCUCAAUUAUUUUUAAAAUCAAAAUGAAUUUCUGUAUUUUUUAUGUUCAGUAUCAGAUUUCGGUGUUCAUUGCAAAAUACAAUUUUGGAUGUAUUGAGAGCAAGGCCAGGAUGGGUGGAGGUUACAACGUAAGUUACCUAAAUUAAAAAAAAAAAGUCUAAUCUACUAAAAAGUCAAUGGCUUGGUUUACAAAUAAUAUAGUUUAUAUAAAAAAAGUCAAUGGUUACUCAGUAUAUCUAUUACUUUAAAUUUAGACAGAAUUUGUAUUAUGUGAGAAGCUGCAGUCACAAAUUAUUUCCUGUAUGGUAGAGAGAAAAUUUUCAAAUCAAAUACUAAAUUCUCAAUUUUAGUUCCUCAAAACAAAGAACAUUUCCUAAAUUUUGAACAUCUUUUAAGAUGUCUUACUCUCUCCUUGUAGUGAUCUCACUAAAUGUAAAAUACUUAUGGAGAUGAUAUGAAGUUUAAUUUGACUCACAAGGCUUUAAAUAACUGGUUCACAUAUUUCAGCAAUGAAUGGGAUUUCUGUUGGUGUGACAAAAACUGGUUUAACAACCCUGAUGAAAAUAAUUAUUUUCCUGAGAACUCCAGGGUCAGCCACUUCAGAAAUUUCUUUGAGGUCAAAAAAGCUCCUCAUUUUCUUUUCUCUUUUUUUAAAAAGUGGAACAAGGUUUUGUGAUUUAGAUAGCAGAAUAAUGUUUGAGAUGCAUAACCAUAUUGUGAGACACAUAAAUAUCAAUUAUCAAAAUAUAAUCUCGACAUAUUCAGGUAUUAUCAUAAAGCAUUAAAUGCUAAAUAUGUAUUUUUUUAAAGCACCAAAUACUUAUUUUAAAAGAAACGAAUGAAUUACUUAAUGGUUGCUUUGCAAAACACCAAAUUUUUUAUUUGUCAGGUUUCCUAAAAUAGCCCCUUAUGUGUUUCUCUCAAUAAGCUCAGACAGAUUCGUAUAAUAUUACAAAAAACUAAAUGAUCAAUCCAAUUUCUUGUCAUUUCAAUGUGGUUUUUUGCAUCACAUUAUGUAAGUUUAAUCCCAUCAAAAUGAAAUCUGAACAUAAAAAAUAUGUUGUGAUUUAACUCUUAUAAACUGUUACCUAGAUCUUUUAUACACUAUUGAGCUACAUUGUAUUCAUUUUUGCUUGAAGUCAUCUUUUACAUUCUUAAAUCCUUCUUUUGGUCUAAUUUUGACUGAGUUUUUCUCAUAUCAAACUUGCAAAUAUCAACAAUGUUAACUGAGUAAAACAGAGAAAUAUGAGAAAGGAGUAUUGAUUAAAACUUGCAAAUGUGAACUUUGAAGAUGCAAUCUGUAGUUCAGCGUUUCCUAAACUUUUAAGUUUGGCGGACCGGUGGAAUAGUUUUAAAAUUGCAUCAGGGACCAGUGCUGGAUUUAUUCAUUGAAUUUUUCUUUUUGUUUGAGAAUAAAUAUUCAUGUUGUGUGGUCCGUUAAUGUAAGGCUUGCUGUUCUGUGGACCACCAUUUGGGGAACGCUGCUCUAGAUCUUUACAGCUUUAGAAAUAAUAAAUUUGUUGAGUUUUAACUUGUACUCUUUGCAGUUCAUUAAUUUUAAUGACUCAUGUAGUCAAAUUAAUGACAAUAGAAUGACUGAUGUAAUACUGUGUUGCUUCACAUUUUUGCUUGUUGGCACUUAUGCAGUAAUUUUAAAAUUACCACUUUCUUUAAUGUAAAGAAUAUAGUUGUCUUAUUUAUUUGCUAUCACACUUCUAUAACUUGAAAAAUAAUUAAGAAAUUUAACUUAAUUCUCCAUUGAUAAGUUGGAAAUCUUUCUUUAAAUAAAUAGUUCCAUAUGUUUUCCAAUAACAUUUGCACUUCGGUGAUAAAUAAAGGUUAUUAAACACAUUUUUUGUCCAUAGAAACUAAUAGAUUUGCCACAAUCUGAUUAGAAAAUUUGGAUGUAUUAGAAAUAAGUGUAAAUAAGCAGUGUAAUUUUUUAACUUCCUAUUGCUCUAGUGGGAUGAAAUUGACACGAUUGACCUUAAUUAAUCAAAUGCAUUGAAAGCCAAUGUAUUUUUUAAUCAUCAGUUUCCCUAAAAACAAAAGCCAUUCCAUUACAUGUUUUUGAAAGCCAUAUAUUACUAUGAAUAUUUCCCCAUCUUUUUCUCCCUAAAUUAUAAAAAUGUUUUUUUUCAAAUAUUUAAAACAUUGCAUCUUCAAAUUCCUAUUUAUUUUUUGUAUACUAAAAAAAAUUAGAUCCAUUCAAUUGAAUUUAUUUGUAUUGACGCUUUUAAAGCCCAGUAAAAAUUAUAUAUAUUUCACAACAAUUAAUAUUGUUCUUGAAGUUAAACUUUAAAACAUAUCUAUUUUCAACCCAUUGCCUUAUAAUAUUGUAUAUUUAAAUCAUUCAUUUACCCUGUCCAUCUUGGUGCAUGGCAUUCUAAGCAUCAAUUAAAAUAAGGUAGGCCACUUCUUUUGUUAAGGAUUUCGGGUUAUUUUUUAAAACUUUUAACUUGUAACUGUCAACGGUUUUAUUAAAUUUUACCUGAUCCUAGUGAGGGAGGUGCUUGGGACUUCUAUUGGGCAGAUGUUUGGUGGAUGAAGGAGAUAUUUGAUCGUGCUUAUUUGGAGGACCAAAUGAGAAUUAAUCAUUUUAGAAAUCACUAUGAGGUAGGGUUCUUACUAUGGUACCUAAUUUUUAAAAAAAAUCUCAUCUAUAAUUUUAAGAUCUUAAGAUUGGUUUUAAUUUUUUUUUAAAUAAUGAUCUAAAAUUAAAAUUCUUUAAAAUACAUGGUAUCUUAAAACAUUUCAAUAAAGUGUUGAGCCUUUAAUUUUUAUGUAUUAUUUUUGUUGUGCUUUAAAAUUUUCCUGAUGCAGAUCUUCACAGCUUUGGUCUUGCUUUUUUAAAAAAAUGUAUUUUUAUCGCUAGUUUAUUAUUUAUUCACAGUAACCUUUUUGUGGCAAAUUAAGUUCACAGCAUUUCAUUUACAUGACUGUUGCUAGGAUUGUGAUUAUUUUGUGCAUGCUUUGCUGUUAAUGAUAUUGGUAUGAACUUACUCUUUGAUCAUCUAUAGACAAUUUAAUGAAAUUGGUUAAUAAAAAAUUAAUAAAACAUGCAAUGCAUAUUUUAUCAUUGCUCUAAAUUAUUUUAAACAUUUUCAAAAUAGCAUAAAGACUUGUUCAAUCUGACAUGAAACUAUUUUUUUUUUCUGACUUACUUAUUUAAUAGCUGACAAGAAAAAAUUUAAUGGUAAAAAACUUGAAACGACUACGACGUCAACUUGAACGAGAUUCUGGAAAAGCUGAGGCCCAAAAAUAUCCUUUGCUCAAGCAUUUGCUUUAAAAUAGUUUGACUGUGGGAUCAAAUAAUUUUAUUGUUACAAACUAUGUCAAAAAUAACAAAUUAGGCUGUAUUUUUAACUGUGUAUUUAAUUAUUUUUUUUCGUGGAAUCAUUCAGAAACUUAAAAUUUAAAUACGCUAUGUUAUAUCAGAUAAAAAGUCUGACCAGAAUUACCCUUAAAACUAAAUAUGGAUUUUUUUUUCUAAUGAAAAGUUAAUGAGAAUUGAUACCCAUAUAUUAAUUAUCAUGGAGCAGUAUUCAGUUAAUUUAUUUUUGCGCUGAAAAGAAAUCAUUCUAAAUAAUUAUCUAUUUAUUUAAAUUGAGGCUUGAACCCGUUUUAUUUUUUAUUAGUAUUUUUAUCUUAGUGCUAAAAUUUUAAAGUCUACUUCUCUGAGUGCUUUGUGUCCAGGAUAUUUGAUGAAUUUUUUAAUUCACUAAAUGUUUACCUUAACAUAAACAGAUGCGAUUUUUACCCCUCAACGUAUGAGCUUCCUGUAAGUAUAUUCCACUUUUGAUUACAUGCUGACUCUAUGUGUUGUCAGCAUCUUAUUUGGCAUGAGCUUUUAUGUAUUUUAAUCUUUGUUCCCCAAAUUGUUAGAGUUAAAGGGUAGGCACGGAAUAGGUGAAAAGAUUAAACUUUAAAUUAAAUUCAGCCAAGUGAUAUAGACAUGUUUUACAAAUUUAUUGAAACAUUUUUUUUUAAUAUUAAAAAUGAAAACAGUUUUCUGUAAAAUAUGGAUAUUUCCUGACCCACUAAUGUUUGUCUGCAGAUGAUUUAAAAAUAAAAAUAAUAAUUUUUCAGUCAGAGUAUCACAUUUUUGUGGAUGAGUUUCGACGGAAUCCUGGCACCAUUUGGAUUAUGAAACCUAUUGCAAAGUCUCAGGGGAAAGGGAUCUUUUUGUUCAAACGUCUCAAGGAUAUUACAGAUUGGAAAAGGGUUUGAUAUAAUGAUAUUAACUCAGCAAAAAACAACACAAUAACAAUGAUGUUCACUUAAACAUGCAACCCAUUGUUAUACCUUGUCUUGAAAUAAUUACAAUUAUUACAUACAAUCUUAUCAUCCUAGCAUUAUUUUUUUUUCAGGAUUUAAAAAGCUGUGGUGAUUCCCUCUGAAAUAUUCUUUUAAGCACCGAGUAUGUUUCAGCCCUUUUCAAUUGUGAUUAAAACCUCACUAUAAUUUUAUCAAAGUACUUUCCCACCUCCUGCCUGCAGCUCAACUUUCAUGGAUGUAUUGUUUAACAGGGUGUUGAGUAUCAGCCCCAACUCCAAACGUCUGAUGGAUCUAACCAGCUGAUUGAAACCUAUGUGGUACAGCGUUAUAUUGAAAACCCUUACCUCAUUGGUGGCCGCAAGUUUGACAUAAGAGUUUACGUCCUUGUCACAUCUGUACGUUUCGUUUUAUGGCUUCUUUUGUCUAUAAGAAAGAUGGAUUGGACAAUUAGUUGUUAAAAGAAAGUACAAAUAAAUUGAAAACAAGUUUUUCUCUAUUUUCAUUAGAAUUCAUUCAUUCCUUAUGAGGUGCUUAAGGGCUGUUUUAAUGUUUGUUUUCCUGUCUCUCAAGUUAAGUCCAAUGAUUUCAGUUUUAAUUAGUGAGAGCUUGAAAAUAUAUAAGAACAAAAGAUAUCUGUGAGAGACAAGUACACAUCUAAAAAAGAAACUAAUUUGAGAUGCACAUAAGUUGUACACUUUUUAAGAAACUAAAUUUAAAUUUAAACUUUGUGAUAAUAGUUCAGUUUAGCUAGUGUUGAAAUUUAUAUUUUAACCUUUUUUUUUUCAAGUAUAAUCCUUUAAAAGUUUACCUGUACCGAAGUGGCUUUGCCAGGUUUGCCAACAACAGAUAUUCCUUAGACACCAUUGAUGACAACUGUAUCCUUUACUUAGGAUAACUUCAUAAACCAAAAAAAAAAAAAGUGGGAUCAUGCAAUUAUAUUAAAUUUAAUAAACCCUGAAAACAUAAGAUGAAAUGGUAUUUUCCUUAGCAUGUUUGCAGACAUCCAUUUAACAAAUGUUGCAAUCCAAAAGACAGCCCCAGAUUAUGACCCUGAAAAGGGUUGUAAAUGGUCAACUCAACAGUUACGUAUGUACUUGACAGCAAAGCAUGGACAGGUCAAUGUAAGUGAUUUCAUAUUGCAAGUUAACACAUAUCCCCAUAAUUACACUUUUUCUCCCAUUUAUUUUUAACAUUUUAACAGUUUGCAUAUGUAAUAAAAUAAUUUGAUUCUACAUUUCAAGCAAUGAGGAAAUCCAUUGUUCAUCCAUCCAUACCUUUGGUGCUAUGUAGGGAUUUGGCCUGUCACACCGCUUCCUUCCACUCAGACAUAACUGAUACUUUUUCUUUCCCAUAUUUGGAUUCCCAGCUGCUGUAGAUCUUUUUUCCACAUCAUCCAUCCAUCUAACCCAAAAUGUAAGGCGGGCCGUAAUACUUUGUGAAAAUAUUGUGCGGGCCAAAAGAAAAUAGGACAGGACUUGUGCGGGAAAAAAAAAAGGACAGGGGGCAAAGCUAUUAAGUGAAUAAUAAGAAUAAAGAAUAUUUUGUUACUUCACAGGCCGCAAGGUGGGUGCUGGCGGGCUGCAUGUGGCCUGCGGGCCGUAUGUUGUGCAGGCCUGAUCUAAUCCAAUAAAAUCUUUUGUAGCUCUCCCAUAAUGGGAACCAGAGUCAUCAGCUUUUCAUAUUUUAUUGUUUAGUGGUGUAUUACAUGCCAUCACUGAUGACUGAUGUAGCUAAGGGAAACAAGAAGGGGGCUAAAUCCCAUGAAGUUAAUAGGAUAACCACUGCUGAAACAUGCAGGAUUGCCCGAAAAAGCAACAUUAGGUCACCGGGUACAGCAACUAUUCCAUGCCCGCGGUGCCAGAGAUUUUUCCGAGCAGGGAUCGGUCUAGCAAGCCACCUACGAGCUCACCUUAACCCACCCUCCCCUUAACCGGAUGACUCGAUGGUCCUAGUCGACUUUGUCGGACCAACAACAACAUGCCAUCAGCCAACUCAUUGUUCCAACAAUUUGCCAACAUAUAUAUAUUUUUUUUAAUGUCAGUAUUAAUAUAACUUACGGAUGUUUUUAUUUUCUCCUCAGGUCAACACACUGUUCCAACAAAUGACCAACAUUUUUAUCCUGAGUCUUCAGUCCUGCCAACGUGUAAUCAUCAAUGAUAAGCAUUGUUUUGAACUUUACGGCUAUGAUAUUCUGAUAGAUUCAAACCUCAAACCGUGAGUAACUAUCAAUUACGAUAGACUUUUGCCUCCCCCCCCCCUCUCCCUUUUCCAACCAAAUUUAAAUUUGACUUUUUGGAUCUCAUGAAAUUGAAAAAACUUUAUAAAUAACAUGUGUGACCAAAUAUUAUUUGUCUUUUUUGAAAAGUUUUGAAAUAAAACACAUUUUACACACUAUUUUAUUGUAGCUAAGGGAAACAGAUUAAAAUACCAUACUUUUCAGGUAUUAAUAAAACUGAUGUAAGUAGGACAGUGUUUAUUGAGUAAUAAAUUAUCAUAGCUUAAGUGCAGCAAUAUAAACAGUAACCACAUGACCGGCACAUUUGUUUGAUUUUUGAAAUUUUGAGAAAACUUGACGGUUUAUGUAGAACAAGCUUUAAAAUCAUCUCAUUACUGAAGUGUGGAUGCUCACUUGCAUGAACUACUUGCUUUACUCUUGAACAGCUGGUUAAUUGAAAUCAAUGCCUCUCCCUCACUGACUGCCAGCAAUCAAGAAGAUUACGACCUCAAGUUUGCCUUACUCAAUGAUGUCCUCAAUGUGUUGGACCUGGAAAAUAGGUUUGCGCUGUCUUGAAAAAAAUAGUUUUGUUUUCUUCUUUCUAUAUAUUGUCGGUAAUUGUAAAAGGCAUUUGUCCAACACAAGCAAUAUUUGCUUUAUGUCAGCAUCAUGAUUUACCAUAUCUCUGCCAUCAGCUUGAUGCUCUUUAUCUAAAUAAUAUCUUUAAAGAUUAAGAAAAUAAAUUAAAUAUUUUUAGUUGAAAAAAUGGGGAGCAUCAAGAAAAUAUUUGAAAAACAAGAGGGUAACAAAAAAUUUAGAAAAAUACCCCUGAGAGGGUAACAAAAAAUUUAGAAAAAUACCCCUGAGAGGGUAACAAAAAAUUUAGAAAAAUACCCCUGAGAGGGUAACAAAAAAUUUAGAAAAAUACCCCUGAGAGGGUAACAAAAAAUUUAGAAAAAUACCCCUGAGAGGGUAACAAAAAAUUUAGAAAAAUACCCCUGAGAGGGUAACAAAAAAUUUAGAAAAAUACCCCUGAGAGGGUAACAAAAAAUUUAGAAAAAUACCCCUGAGAGGGUAACAAAAAAUUUAGAAAAAUACCCCUGAGAGGGUAACAAAAAAUUUAGAAAAAUACCCCUGAGAGGGUAACAAAAAAUUUAGAAAAAUACCCCUGAGAGGGUAACAAAAAUACCCCUGAGAGGGUAACAAAAAUACCCCUGAGAGGGUAACAAAAAUACCCCUGUGCUUUAAUGGUUUGUUUAAAACUCAAGCACAAGCUACAUGCACAUUAUUCCACCCUUGUCUGCCAGGCCUGAGAUAAACAUGCACAUUAUUCCACCCUUGUCUGCCAGGCCUGAGAUAAACAUGCACAUUAUUCCACCCUUGUCUGCCAGGCCUGAGAUAAACAUGCACAUUAUUCCACCCUUGUCUGCCAGGCCUGAGAUAAACAUGCACAUUAUUCCACCCUUGUCUGCCAGGCCUGAGAUAAACAUGCACAUUAUUCCACCCUUGUCUGCCAGGCCUGAGAUAAACAUGCACAUUAUUCCACCCUUGUCUGCCAGGCCUGAGAUAAACAUGCACAUUAUUCCACCCUUGUCUGCCAGGCCUGAGAUAAACAUGCACAUUAUUCCACCCUUGUCUGCCAGGCCUGAGAUAAACAUAUCUUUAUUGUCUCCCGUCAGACUUACUGGGAGGGAGAAGAAAGUUGGAUUAUUUGACCUGAUGUGGGAUGACGGCCCGGUGUUUCCUGAUGAAGGUGGCUUAGAGGACAUGGUCAGCGCACAAAAUUCCUCAACCAAUGCAAAUUUAGGUUGGUAGCCUUUGAUCACUGUGUUACAUCAGUGUCACCUAGUCUAGUGAUACAUUUUUACAAAUUUUAUCAAUUUCAACUGAAUCAAGUCAUAAAAGAAAUUAAAAAAAUUGAGGUUUGCAUUUAAAAUAUGUGUUAAAGCUUCACCCUGAUUCGAUUAGAAAGCUUAAUAGAAUUUGUGAACUUUGUCAAAAGAAUUUUGGGGGGGGGGGGGAGGGGUAUCAGUCAUGUGUGGUUUAGAGAAAUUGAAACACAAAAACACAUCCCUUGGUUGUGAUUAAAUAAAGGUUUUAAUCUCAAAAUUUAUUCUUUUUUGUGUGGUUCAAAGCUUCACCCUGAUUCGAUUAGAAAGCUUAAUAGAAUUUGUGAACUUUGUCAAAAGAAUUUUGGGGGGGGGGGGGGAGGGGUAUCAGUCAUGUGGGGUUUAGAGAAAUUGAAACACAAAAACACAUCCCUUGGUUGUGAUUCAAUAAAGGUUUUCAUCUCAAAAUUUAUUCUUUUUUGUGUGGUUCAGGUGACUAGCUUGCUGUAUGGUUGAGCGUGUCAACACCAGCUUAUGUCAGGGUCUUCUAGAGAUGUUACAGAAGUAAUGAUAGUUAAUAAAUUAUUUCACUUUUCUAGGAUGUAUAAACGACAGACUGGAGAACCUGCGAGAUAUUUAUCAGACGGCCGAGGCUUUGAGGAAGAUACCAUGAAACUUUCAUUGAAGGUCAAGGACAACUUUAAUGGAGAUUCAUACCUGUAGCAAUGAGAAUUGAAUUUUCCUUAAAAACAUUUAAUUAGCAGUUAAGUAGCAGCAGAAAAGCUGAGAAAAAUUCCCCCUGAGAAAGUGUCUUUGGUUGUGUUUGAAAUAUGUUGUUAAGAGCAUUUCUAAAUAAGCAGCAUAACUGACUCACUUCACAAUAUCAGUUGCCAGAUAUGCAUUUUAAGUUGAUUAAAAAAUGCUGAGAUUUGAAUUUUUUUACUUUUAUUAUUUUCUCAGCAAAAUUAUUUUGACUUUUUUUUCAGUUUCAUGAUUGCCAUAAUGUUCACUGGACUUUCAAAUGUAUGUUGGUCAGAGUGCCAACAUUUGUUUGCUAUAUCGAGACACUAGAAACAUUUAUUCUUCUACAAAUACAGGAUAUUCCCAUAAAAUAUAGAAGCACGUUAUGGUUCUGGGUUCUUUUCAAAAGGACUCUUCAAAGUGCAACUAACCAUGUUAUAGGCCAGACUUUUAGCUACACAAUAAUGUCACUUGUUUCCUUUGUUAUAGCACCUUUGUAUUUUCUAUUCACCCUUUGUAAGUAAGAAAUUAAGAUCAUGACAUGUUUAGUGGUUACAUUAAAAACCAAUAUUUGCCCUUUUUCUUCUCUAUAUUAUAAGAACUUCUUAUGAUAGAUAGUUUUAUAGUCAGGUUAGGGAGUGUACAGUUAAAUAACAAAAUAUUUAAAGGAUGCUGAAUUUCAAAUCUGUUCAAAUCAAACACAAAGUUUUGUUUAAUCAAAUUUUCAUGAGUGAUUUGGGAAAGAAAAACAAUUGAUAAUCAUUAAAGAC